CCCAAAAUUAAAACACUUAAAUAUUUAUAUUUUGUAUGUAUUUUUUUCCAUUAUAUUCUGAUUUAAAUUAAAUUACCUUAAAAAUGAACGAAAAAUCAAGGAAGGAGCAUAAUAUUCCCGAGGAAUUGUUACUAUCUAAAAACCCUGUGCUAAGGACCGAGUUUAAGUUGUACAAUAUAAUGCCCGGUCAUGGAUUCCAGACUCUUUUACUGAAAUUUUGCCACGGAAGAAGGAUAACCGGCUUUAUAGUUUAUUUUGAUAGAGCACGUCGUGCCUUUGGGGUGAUGGAGGGAAAAAGGAAAUGUUUGAUCAUGGUUAAGGAAUGGCUCUUGGCUUCCUGCAUUCCGGAACCAUUUGUCCGCCGAGUUCAUUUCUCAUCCCUCGAGUUGAGCUUAAACUCGGACAGAGCAUUGUUUCAUGAAAAACGAGCUGUACCCAAGAAUGAAAACUUCCUUGGAGAUAUGUACGAGAAAUGCUUCGAAAAAUCCGAAUUCGAUGGGAAACCAAAAGAAGAAACCAAAGAAUCUCUUAAAUUACUCGGGGAAUAUGCCGAUUUCUAUGAUCCAGCAUUGUGGAUUGAUUCUGAUUUUACAAUAGAAUCCGAAAACUUGGAUUCUGAGACAACAACGCCCGACGAUGAUUCCAGUUAGUAAUUUCUUCUCAGUGUACAUGCGACUCGUGCUGGCCAUUGUUCAACACUAUUUGCGCUACUCAAUCUCUUAAUUAAAUAUGCGACUAACUGGCAGCUCGGAGGCACUCGAAGAGUGGCCCAGACAUCGUCGUUUAGUG